AUGGGACCCCCAAUCCUCAAUAUGCCAAUGGAGAUUCUUCUCCAGAUCGCCAACUUCACCUGGUAUACGGGCCCCUGGAUCCACAGGCGGACUGGAGAUCAUGCUGCCCUCGUUCUAACAUGUCGCGGGCUGUAUCAAGCUUUAAAUGCAGAGCUCUACAAAAAAACCAUCAAAUCGUCGUCAUCAGCGACGUAUUUGAUGGCUUGGGCCGUCUACAAUAACUGUCUUGAUACUGUCAAGCGCGCCCAUGUGAAUGGAGCAAACCUAAUCUUGCAUGGGCACUUGGAGAUAAUCGACUAUCUUCUCCAUCAUGGCGCCAAUGUCCAUGAACCAAGCUUUGGACUUUGCAUGUGCCCAAAGGUGAAUAAGUACGAUACUUUCGAAGCACAGUACCCUCUUCAUUUCCUCUUUUGCCAUGGAGAACAUCCGAGACGUCCCGAGAUAUUGGAGAAAUUAAUAUCCAAAGGGGCUUAUCUAGUGGCAGAAAACACCUCUGCCAUCCCUCAACUUGCCAGUCUUACGCGAGGCCAUCUCCUUGAACCACUCAUCAAGAGGAAGGAUACGGCUUCGCUUGCUGGAGUACUAAGCCUUGCCAUCCAAAUGCAAGACUUCUCCUUGGUAACACAGAUAUGCGAGAGUGCUUCCAAUAAGAACAUCACAAGAGCUAGAGACUGGAAGGGACGAACUGCCUUACACUUGGCUGUAAAUGCAUUCAACUGGAAAGAUGAAAUCGUCAGGUUUCUUCUUCAGGACGACCGGGCAUCAAUAUUUCAAAAGGACUACAGUGGAAGAACACCUCUACACUACGCGGCCAUGACCAUUUGCAGCCCCGAAUUGGUGGGCCUCCUGUUGCAGCACCGGGGCUCCUCCGUUAACACAGCCUCUGCCCACUUCCGGAAGAUAUUUUACAGGAUCUGCGGCCUACGCCACCAGACUAUAAGACAUAUCGAUAUUGCUCAGCAGAUGAUUAAUGUUUGGCUCAAACCUCUCAACGACAUUAAUGCUUAUAAUGACCCGCUCUGCCUCGCCUUGCAAACAACUAGCUGGCGCAUGGCGUUGAGGCUCAUCAGAGACGGCAUCGAUCUUCCUAGUUGGGCUUCUCAUUUUCCAGAGCGCGGGGCUGAUGUCAUCUGGCCUUCCCUCAUCGGCUGUCUCUCGAGCUUUCAUCCCGAACAAACAGAGUUUGUCGACGCUAUAGUGCGCACGGGGUGUGAUCUGAACUUCCCCGAUCUGACUUUGAGGCCUGAACUGUCGCUACUCUUUCUUGUAAUUGUACGCUCCCGAAACAUGGAUUGCUUGAAAAUUUUACUCGACGGCGGAGCUUCAGUCAAAAUUGAGGUCGAGGCUAAGGUAAUAGACACUCACGGCUCAGAAUACACCGGUUACACGGGGAUUCUACUUGCAAUCUUUAGCGAGGUAUUUGGCUGCCCUUUCCGGGAAACCCCAAAUCUUGAAAACCUGGACCUAUUUCAUGAUUUCAUCGUCUUGCUUCUAGAACGAGGAGCGCCGAUAGGACGUAAUUGGGAAGAUGUCCGGUUCCCGCAUCCGCUUACAGCUUUGGACUACGCAGUUACAGCUGCACGGGCUGGAUGCUUUGAACUCCUAGACUUGAUAUCCAAUCACACAACGGAGACCAGGAUUCGCCCGGCAGAAAUCUAUUCAAGCUUUUCCAAACACCUUAAUGGUAUGGAAAAGGAAAGCAACUCAUGGCGACUAAUGAAAGUGUACCGAGGUCGACUCCAGACUCGGCUCGGCUCAAAUGAGUCUCUCAGAGCAGUUACUCGUGGGGUUCACUAG